GGAUUUUAAAGACAAAACAAUGGCUUCGGUGCUCGAACAAGGGUGUCGAUGUCUUGACUAGCGAUCGGAAUAGCCUGGCUGUUGCUGCCUACACUGUAGCGGCGGUUUGCUACCUUCGGGUGAGCGGGCAGUAGGUGUCUAAAAGUUGUAGGAUGGAUCCAGACAGUGGGACAGAAACACAAAAAGCAGUCAGUUUGCAGUGGAAAAGCUACAAACUCGUCCAGGACCCAGCCAUUAGGCGGGUCACACAGAAGAUCUACAGAUAUGAUGGAGUGCAUUUCAGUGUGCCAGAUUCUGGAUUUCCUCCAGUGGCAGAUCUGCGGGAUCCUAGACCCCGGAGGCUAUGGUCCAGGUAUACAGAACUGUCCCUACCAGUGCCGAAGUUUAAGCUUGAUGAGUUCUAUGUGGGUCCCAUACCCCUCAAGGAGGUGACCUUUGCUAGGCUCAAUGACAACAUCAAGGAGCCCUUCUUGGCAGAAAUGUGUGCCAAGUUUGGUGAGGUGGAGGAGAUGGAGAUUCUGUUUCACCCCAAAACCAGGAAGCAUUUGGGUUUGGCCAGGGUGUUGUUCACCAGCACCAGAGGAGCUAAAGACACAGUCAAGCAUCUGCACAACACAUCUGUCAUGGGUAACAUCAUUCAUGCUCAACUUGAUAUAAAAGGCCAACAGAGGCAGAAGUACUAUGACCUUAUAGUAAAUGGGUCCUACACUCCUCAGACGGUGCCCCUGGGUGGCAAGGCUUUGAUGGACAGGGUUCAACCCCAGGCCCCAGCCCAGCCACAGCCUGACACGCCAUCGGAAAUCAGGCGGAGACUUUCCAGUGAGCUUGCUGUUCUGGCAGCAGGGGUCCAGGCUCUCACAUCAGGAAGCAUCACACCAUGUUCUGGAGACACUGGCUAUAAUGAUCAGCGUUUGGACACGCCUCCAUCCUCCAUGUCGGGCCCGUACACACCCGGCUCCUCUGCAUCAUCUCAGGGUGGUGGAGGAACACCUUACAGCUCUAGAUCUGGAACUCCUUUCUCGCAAGACUCAGGCUACACCAGCAACAGGCAUACGGGCUAUAAUACAGGCACUUUGGGCAGCGGCUACCCUCCCCAGGAUAUGCUACCUUCUUCAUCUUCAUCUUCUGCUGUCUCAUCUACUGUUGGAGGAUACAAAGUAUCUCGCUACCCUGAUGAUACACAGGAAUCGUCGGCGUACCACAGAGGCCGCCCUGUGUAUCCUCCAGCCACAUCGUAUCGUCCCAAUGAGCCACCUUGCUACCCUCCCUACCCCAAUGUUGGAGGACCUGGGCUACACAUGGCCCAUCACUCCUCAAUGCCUCCACCACCCAUUUCUAAUCAGUUUGAUCAGCCCCUGAUAUCAGACAGGGAGAGAGACCGUGAAAGAGACUCAGGGGGAAGAUAUGGGGCAGGGGGGAUUGGUUCCAGAAGGUCAUCUUACCAUCACCAGCAGGACACAAACUCUUCCUUAAAGUACCAUUCUCAUCACUCCCAUCACCAUUCGGAUCGCAGGGAUGAACGGGGGUACCGGCGAGACAGUCUGGGGUCCCGGUCAAGUGACCACGGCCACCAGAGACACCGCAACCACCACCAUUCUCACAACCACCAUGGAGGCAGCAGUCGCAGAAAAAGCAGCCAUGACCGGGACAGGGAACGAGACAGAGAUCGUGAAAAAGACCGAGAUAGGGACAGAGACAGUGACUACUCUAAUAGCUCGGAUCCCAGAUACAAUUCCAAUUCUUACCGCUCUUCCUCAAACAGCAUGUCUCCUCCCCCAUCAUCAUACUCGUCAUAUUCCUCCUCCAAAGAGCCUGCCCCUGUCCCUCUUCAAGGUUUGGAUGCUUCCUCCCGUCCAGGGGGCACAAGCAUUACAGAGAGGGGUUCUCUGCCCUCAGUAGGUCCUGAUAAAGACUACCACGUUGGUCAUCACGGUGCUCUGCCCCCACCUCCCCCACCACCACCUCCACUCCCACCAGCCUCUGUCAUUGCAGCGGCUGUUGCUGAAACACUGGGAACACUGGAUUUCAACCAGGAUAGUCCUCCCCCUGAGGACCAGUGGAAGCCUAAACGACGUCCCAGUACUCCACCUGCUCCACCCAAGACGCCUCCCCCUCCUACUUCCCCAGCUCACCCUUCUGUUGCUUCCUCCUCCAACUCCCCAUCCUCGUCGUCAAUUCCUCACCAUCUAUCCUCUUCUUCCAGCUCCCCACCACCCCCUCAUCGGGACUCCUCCUCCCCAGAGCCAGAUUCUACUAAUGAAAGUUUACCAUUUGUCUACCACAGCAGUAGUCUUGAUUCACGUAUUGAGAUGCUUUUAAAAGAACAAAAGGCAAAAUUUUCUUUUCUUGCUUCUGACGAGGAAGAUGAGGAAGAUGGGAAAGAGGAGAAGCAGAGGAGCAGAGGUGGGGAUGGAGCAGAGCAAAGAGGGAGGCCAGGUGAACCGGUAGGGGAGCAGGAACCCAUGGGGGGGAAUGGGGAAAAAGACCAUAGGAAGAAAGGGGAAAGAGACAGAGAUAGCCACAGAGGAAAAAAACGAGGGAAAGGAGGAGAGAAUAGAAAGAGUCCAACUGUACUUAAAGCAACCUCACUACCCUCUUCAAGUUACUCUCCCCACAUCCUACCUCCAGAUGAACCCCAACCCCAGGUCGCCAUUGCUGGGACUGGAGCUUUGCAGGAAGAGUCUUCUCAGACUGGUGCUGCUGAUGUAGGAAGCAGGACAGGAGCACACACACCACCUUUUAAUGGGCAGAGUCAGACUUCUCCUCAUUCUUCUGGCGAAGACAUGGAAAUCUCAGAUGAAGAGGAAGAAACAACUGCCAUAUCAACAGUGACCACCCAUCAGCCAUCAGUCACCUCAGGAUCUUCACCAUCUACAUCUCAAGCUGUGUUGUCUCAAACAGCAGACCCCUCCUCCUCUCCCCCACCCAUCUCUGACUCAUCACAGCACUUUGGCAACUCCAUGCACCCUCCAAUACCCUCCUACCCUCCUCAUUUACCUCCUCCUCCUCCCCCUGGUUACUCCCUCCAGCCCCCACCUCCACCAGGGAUUCCUCCCCUUCCUCACAUGGAGCUGCACCCCGAGUAUCCUCCUCCAAUGCCCCACCACAUGUAUGACUACGCCACUUCCAUGGAGCUUAUGAACCAGUACAGUGGUGGAACCCCUAUGUCCUUCCAAAUGCAGACGCAAAUGCUAAGUCGCCUACACCAGCUACGCAUGUCUUCAUCCAAUGGCACCCCAGGCCCAGGUGAGGCUGCUACUGCAGACUACACCUCUUACCAUCUUCACUCUUUGCCUCCACCUCACACACAUCAUCCCUACAUGGACCAAGAGGGAUCUGGGGCAGGUGGUCAUUAUGACCAAGACCACCGAUACAUGCCUCCACAUAUGUCUUAUCCUUACCCUGACCCCCACAGCACUCAAAUACCACCUCAUCCGCACCAUAGUAUACCUCCUCCCCAUGCUGGCUGGCCACCACAUGUCUUACCGCCACACUACCCAUCUUACAUGCCCCCACCUGGCUAUGGCACCAUGCUGCCUGGGGAUGGAGAUGAGUACAGGGGUCCUGGGCAAGAGAUGCCCAUGCUAGCAGAGAAUCCACAUGAGGCAACAGUGCAGAUGGUCCUAGCCACUCUUAUCCAGGAAAUGAAGAACAUCAUGCAAAGGGACUUGAAUCGCAAGAUGGUGGAGAAUGUAGCCUUUGCCACUUUUGAUGAGUGGUGGGAGAGGAAGGAGACAAAAGCCAAGCCUUUCCAGACAAUGGUAAGGGGGGUGUCUGCUCUACGGGACGACGAUAAAAAAGAGGAAAAGGUCAGCCGUCCGCGGGAGCCUCUCAUGUCUCUUGUGGACUGGGCAAAGAGUGGUGGCGUGGAGGGCUUGUCUCUCCGUGGAGCACUGCGAUUGCCAUCCUUCAAGGUGAAAAGAAAAGAACCUCAGGAGCUUGAAGAGGGAGACAUGAAGAGGCCACGGCCCUCAACUCCACCAGAUGAAGAUGAUGAAGCUGCUGAUGGGAGACCCUCAGAAGCAGACAGGCAUGGAGCUGAAAGGGACAAUAAAAGGAGGAAAAAGAAACCAAGAAGUCGUAAACCCUGGGAACUUGACAGCGAGGGUGAAGAAACAUCUGAUGGCUCCUCAACUGAAAAGGAGGAUGAGGAAGUGGAAAGUGGAAAAGAGUCUGAUGAUGAUGCGCUUAGUGCUGAUAGUGAUGAUGAGAGCCUAUCUUCGUCCUCUGAAGGCACUUCCUCUUCAGCAUCCUCUUCUUCUUCCUCUUCUUCUGAAGAUGAAGAGGAAGGAGAGCAGCCUGAGAGUGAAGGGCCAGACUCCUUGGAUGAGUCAACCAUGGACAGCACGACUGAGAAAGAGGAUGACAGGGAAAAUAACACAGCUGCUCUUUCAAAGGCAGACAUAAAAAAAGGGGUUACAAAGGACAGCAAAGCAGAUACAACAGCAACGCAUACCAAGCACCCUCCGUCUCCACCAUACCCACGGCCUUCAUCCCCUGUUGUUCUUGUACCCCCUCUCAAAAAACGCAAGAAGACUGUGUCUUUUUCCACAGACGAAAACGGUGGCAAAACGAUAUUGCUAACUGCACCUCUAUCUCCGUCUUCAUCACAAGUGGCGGGUGAAUCAUCCUUCCUCUCUGGCAGGCUUCUAGACUCUCCCAUCACUCCCACACCACCACCUUCAACUCGUCCAAGUCAAGGAAUCCAGCUGCUGCCUUUUGCCUCAAAACCAGGUGAAGGCAAUGCCCUCAUUGUUCCCCCACCUGGAAGAACCCAAGAGUCUGAGGAGUCCAAAAAGGGACCCCUUGUUUUUCCCCAGACAACUCCUGUCAAAUCCCCUGGCAAACGGAGCGCCGGCAAAGACUCUCCGAAAUCCCUCGCCCCUCCAGUUAUGGUAUGCCGCACUGUGCAGAACCUGCCAUUGGACCAUGCCUCUAUGUGUAGGAUGGCUUUUGAGGAGGCCCCACCUUCAGUCAGUAAACGGUCCAGAGGUAAAUCUCGAACACCCAGCUUUUCAGCUUCUUCCUGUCACUCCCUCAGAGAAGAAGAUGAGGAUGAGGAAGAAAGUGAACAGAGGUUAAGGCUCAGGGAGCAGCUGGGAGCUUCCACCCUACUGCAACUGGCCUCUGCCUCGACAACUGACCUGUCUGUGUUGGCUGAUGUAGCUUUAAAGAUGGACCCUGAUGCUGGAGACUCUGAGGAGACAGAGACAUCUGAUGAAGCAGAGGAGCAGAAGAAGGAAGAAGAUCUCUUCUCCCCAGAGUCACUGGCCCUGGUUGUGAGCCCAGGUGGUGUUAUUGUCCUUAUGGAGCAUAACUACUGCAAGCCACCAUUGCUCGCAGUACCAUCCAGUACCAAAAAGACUUCAAGACAAGAUUCUUCUGUCUUACUCCCAGCAGACCUCAACUCUAUUUCUGGGGUCCUUGAGGCCCCAGAGGAGGUCAUUGGAGAGGCAAUACCAUCCAGGUUAGAUGCAGGAGAAUACUUGUCUGCAGUGGGAGAACUGUGUGACUCUGACGUGAGCCCAGUGGCAGCUGUUUCUCCAUCACCAAGGAAGAAGAGUCAUGUCGGCAAGAGUGUAGAUCUUGAACAGGACAAGAGCAGAAAGAGGAGAAGAAAAGACAAAGAAAACAUUGAGGUUCAUCAUACAAAAAAACAAAAGGAGCAACCAAGCAAGAAACAGAGGAAGAGGAAACUAGAGGACUCAGAUUUUGAGGAGGAUGUUGAUGUGGAGGAACUUGAAUCUGGAGAACUGUCCAGCUCAGACACUGAGGAUGAGGUGGUUGAAGAAGUAAGGAAAAGUGAGCGCCUCUUUUUGCAGGAGGCAGGGGUAACGUCAUCUCACCGGUGGCCGAAACCUAUCCCAGCACCCGAGCCACUAGCAAUAAAGUUUGAAAACCGCAGUGAGUUUGAGCAAAUGACCAUCCUGUAUGACAUUUGGAACUCUGGACUGGAUGGUGAAGACUUGAUGUUGCUGAAGAAAACCUAUGAGAAGCUGCUACAGGAUGACCACAGCUCUGACUGGCUCAAUGACACGCACUGGGUCAACCAUACAAUAACCAAUUUGCCGAACCCCCGCCGUAAAAAAAAGAAUGCAGAUGGACAGCUUCGAGAGCACGUGACUGGUUGUGCCAGAAGUGAGGGUUAUUAUGCUAUCAGCCGCAAGGAGAAAGAUGUCUACUUAGACCUAGAUCUGCCUGAGCAGGUCAUACGGGAGGUCGAGAAUGUCGACAGCUCUGGAGUCAACAGAGUGCUGUCAGAGAGGCGUUCAGAGCAGCGCCGCCUCCUCACUGUCAUCGGGGCUACAGCUGUCAUGGACUCUGACCUACUUAAACUCAACCAGCUUAAGUUCCGUAAGAAAAAGCUUAGAUUUGGACGCAGCAGGAUUCACGAAUGGGGUCUGUUCGCCAUGGAGCCCAUUGCUGCUGAUGAGAUGGUCAUCGAGUAUGUUGGCCAAAACAUCAGACAGAUGGUGGCUGACCAUCGAGAAAAGCGGUAUGCACAGCAGGGCAUCGGAAGCAGCUACUUAUUCAGAGUGGACCAUGACACAAUUAUAGAUGCCACCAAGUGUGGUAACCUGGCACGAUUUAUCAACCACUGCUGCACUCCAAACUGCUACGCCAAGGUUAUCACCAUAGAGUCACAGAAAAAGAUUGUGAUCUACUCAAAGCAGGCUAUCGCUGUCAAUGAAGAAAUCACCUACGACUACAAAUUUCCACUGGAGGACAACAAGAUCCCUUGCCUGUGUGGAACAGAGAACUGCCGUGGAACACUGAACUAGUGAAAGCACUUCUUGCUCUUUGUUGACAGCAGCCGACAUCCCCAAAGUUCACCUUUUGUAAAGUGUGACUCGAAACAAAGCCACCCCCAUUAUUCCUGGCAUUCCUCCGGAUGGCCUUGGUGGUCCUCACAAUAAGUAGGAAACAGUGACGCACACAAUUGCACUUUUCAUGCAUUCUUUUUUUAUUAUGGGGCAGUUCCGCUUGCCAGUGCAUAAGUUGGUAUAAUCUGGCAUGAGAACAUGGAAGGGGACCCUUUGCACUGGCCCCCUUUGCGGCAGUGUUUAUGGACUUGAAUCGCUGUUUCCAAGCAAGUUCUUUGAACCCAGGCAUGAAGGUUUUCUCCUGUUUUUUUUUUUUUUUUUUUUUUUUUUUUUUUGUUUUGUUUUGUUUUGUUUUUUACUUUCAUGCCAAUAUCCGUUUAAUAGACACCAACAAUAAACCACAGGUAUUUCAUGUCUGUGUCCUCUACAGCCCAGGAUCAAUCCUUCAGUGUAAAAUCUUUCUUCCAACAAUCCACCCUCUGACAUCCACACAAAGGCACAGGAAAACCAGACAAAUUCAGGGGUUUUUAAAAGCGUUUGUGAAGGGCCCACUUUUAAAAUUAGAAAUUUCAGUCAAUUUGGUCUUCAGUUAUGUAAGAUUUCCAAGCUUGAAGGUUGUUUUGGAACUUUUUUUUUAUUUAAUUUCCUUGUAUUAUUAGAAUAUUACUCUUGCUGUUAUCAAUAGUAUUAUUACUUAGUUGCAUUAGCUGUAAGUAUCUUACAGUGAUAUGAGCUUCAGUGUGCCCACCCACUGUCUUUAGUGGCUUUGUGAUUUAACACACUGUAUCCUCCCCUAUUUGCUGUGCUUCAUUCUCCUGAUUUGCCACAACCUCCCGUUAGCUAAAAGUGUUUCUUUUCUACAUUGCUGCAUUUUGUUGCCUGCAGGAUCAGCACAAUGUGGAGUUUGCCUUUAUUUUCUCUUCCUUCUUUUUCUUCUCUUCUGUUUCUUUUCUCUACAAGGUUGUGGACAGCGAUCUACCUGCUGUUUCUAGCUGCAUAAUUCAUCCCACACAAUGUAAGACAUGAGUACUAUAGGGUCUGGGAAAUGCAUCCAGCACAUUGAUGAUGGGUUGAUUAAAAAGGUAAUAUCAGCAAAUGUUUAGGGGUAUGGUGGAUAAACUCAUAGAGCUUAUUUUGUAAAGAAACCUCAACAGCAGCUGUAUUGUAACCUAACCUCUAGAGUUACCAUUACCUUUGUUGUGUUCACAAGCAGGGUACCCUUGGUUUCCAUUGAGAAUGAGUAGGCCAUGAUUUGACCCAUUCUGAGGGUUCUUUUUGAUGAUCUGGAUUCUCUCAAGUUACAAAGGAAGUCCAAACAAUGACGUUAGCUUCACAGCCAUUGUCUAAAUAUGGGUUUUAAAGUGUGUGUAACAGCAGUUUGAGUUGACAAAAGAUGUUUGGUCAGGAUGUUAGUCAAUGUUCUUUGUCCUUUUAUGUCCUCAUUUUUAUAUCCGCAAGUAAAUGUCACCUUCCUUUUCCUUUAAUUAGCAAAAGCAGCUUCUGCAUUUUUUUUUUUUUUUUUUUUGGGUGAAGAUUACCAUUAACUCCUGCAGGUAUUGUGUGGUCAGUGUUAAACUUACUUAUGUUGUGUGUUACAGGUGUUUUUAAAAGGCAUAUUUGCUUGAUUAAUGUCAGGUCUCUUUAAAAGUUGGGUUUAGUAAAAUUUAGUUUUUUCCCCCAAAUUUUUCUUUCUCAGAAUGCAUUAAUAUUUAUUUUAUCCAGGAGUGUGUAGCUGCUUGCCACAUACCAAACAUGCCUCCCAGAAUAUUGCUUAACAAUCUGUUUGCAGUGUAGAUGGGUGGAAGGUGUAUGACUGACAGUUUGCCUGCUGGAUUUACAAACCUCAGCAGGUUACUGGUACACAGCAGGCAGGGGAUGUCUAUGACCCUUGUGUUGUCCCUGUUUUUCAAAUGGCUAUUGCCGUCCAAAGUUUAACUUUGAUGUAAAACUUUUAACUAGACUUCUUUUAUUUGAUUUUUUCAUUCCCUUCCAAACAGGAAAAUGUGUAAGAUAUGACUUGUUGCAAUUAAAACCUUUCCAUACAAACAACCCUCUUUACUACAAGAUAAAAAGAUGAAAGGAAAAAAAAAAUCUAAGAAGUACUUGUAAAUAUUGUAGAGGUGUUUGUUUCUCG